UUCUAAAAAAAUAUAUAAAUAGAUGUGCCAAUGACUAAGGGUUGUCCAUGAUGGCAUCGCGCCAGUGCCCCCCUGCUAUGUUCAACCCUAUGAAUCCUCCUAUGAACAGCUAUGUAGAACAUUGCUAUCUGAGGUCCCCCAAUGUCAUGGCUGAAGGCAUGAAUGAGAUGCCCUAUUGCCAUCAGAACAACCUCAUAACCAGCCACCAUAGCUUUGGACUGGCACAAACCAAUGAGCACACUGGUGCCGAUGGGUCUCGUUUCUCCACUCCACGAAAUUCAGUGAAGCUAAGCAAGAAGAGAGCCAUGUCUAUUUCCCCUUUAUCAGAUGCCAGUAUCGAUCUUCAGACCAUGAUACGAACAUCUCCUAAUUCCCUGGUAGCAUUCAUUAACUCCAGAUGUUCCUCAGCCAAUGGUUCCUAUGGCCACUUGUCAAUCGGGACUAUAAGCCCCUCACUUGGGUAUCAGAAUUGCUUUAACCAUCAGAGACCUCAGGGCUCCUCGUAUGGACCAAACAGCCAUAUGUCUUACAACUCACAUGAACACUUGACCAGCAGAGGAAUGGGAACCCUUCAAUCUCGCACCUCGAUCAAGCACUGCCAGAUGAAAUCUGAGCCAUUAUCCAGCGCAAGCUUAGACGCUAUGAAUACCAAACGACUGGAAGAUGGAUCAGAAGGGGAUAUAUCAAGUCCGGCCUCUGCUGGCACGCAGGAUCCACUGCUAGGGUUGCUCGAUGGCCGAGAUGACUUGGAGAAAGAAGAUGGGAAACAUGAACCAGAAGCUGUGUAUGAAACCAACUGUCACUGGGAAAACUGUACUAAAGAGUUUGAUACUCAGGAACACCUUGUGCAUCACAUUAACAAUGAACACAUCCAUGGGGAGAAGAAAGAGUUUGUGUGUCAUUGGCAGGAAUGCUCCCGAGAACUCAGACCAUUCAAGGCCCAGUAUAUGCUUGUUGUCCACAUGAGAAGACACACUGGAGAGAAGCCCCACAAGUGCACAUUUGAAGGUUGUAACAAAGCAUAUUCACGUCUAGAAAAUCUGAAGACCCAUCUGCGUUCUCACACAGGAGAGAAGCCAUAUGUGUGUGAACAUGAAGGCUGUAACAAGGCAUUCUCUAAUGCUUCUGACCGUGCCAAGCACCAGAAUCGCACUCAUUCCAAUGAGAAACCUUAUGUGUGCAAGAUCCCAGGGUGCACAAAAAGGUAUACAGACCCCAGCUCUCUAAGAAAACAUGUGAAGACAGUCCACGGUCCUGAAGCACACAUCACUAAGAAACACCGUGGGGAUGGCCUGCCUAGAAGUCAUGGCACGCAUGAGGGUACUGGACCUCAAGGGAUGAAAAGUGACAUUCAGCAGGACUUAGAUCCAAACUCUUCCCAGGCACGAAAGGAGGAGGGAAGACUAACUGUGCCAGAUAUGGCUAUGAAAUCUCAGCCCAGCCCUGGAGGACAGUCAUCUUGCAGCAGUGAAAGAUCUCCAUUGGGUAGCACAAACAACAAUGACAGUGGUGUAGAAAUGAAUGCCAAUGCUGGUGGUAGCUUUGAGGACUUGUCCACAUUAGAAGAUAUUCCUUCAGUAGAGUCUAUUGGAACUGCAGGAGCUUCUGCCCUCAGGAAGCUGGAGAACCUCAGAAUUGACAAAUUAAAUCAGAUGAGAAAAGCACCACCAUUAGGAAAGUCUGUAAAACUGCCUGCUAUCCACAAUUCAGCUUCUCAGGGAGAAUUGCAAGGAAUGUGCAGUCCACUUGGCAUCCCCCACAGCAAUCACCUAAUGGAAUUGUCUUCUAAUGAUCAUUUAAAUCCACUGAAUGACAGACGCAACAGCACUACAAGCACAAUGAGUUCAGCUUAUACAGUCAGCCGUAGAUCUUCUGUUGUGUCACCAUAUCUAUCCAACCAGCGACCAGGUGAUGUUGGGAACAUGGCGGAUACAUAUGACCAAAUGACCUCAGAUCCUUCGAGACAUUCCAAUACCAUGGGGCUUCCAGGCCUAACUCCGGCACAGCAGUACAGACUUAAAGCAAAAUAUGCUGCAGCUACUGGUGGUCCACCACCUACACCGCUUCCCAACAUGGAGAGAUUGAAUUCUAAUAAUCGAAUGGCUUAUCCUCCUGGAGACUGCCGAGGGCCAUCAAUUACUUCAGUUUUAGGUGGUAACACUCAAAGAAGACAUAGUAAUAAUGAAUACCAUAGUUAUGGUACAGGAAUAAUUCACCCAGCCCAAGCACCAGGGGCUGGAAUAAGAAGAGCUAGUGACCCUGCCAGACCUGGGGUUGAUCCUCAGGCAAUAUCUAAAGUUCAACGGUUCAAGAGUAUGUCCAAUAUGAAUACAGCCAUGAUGGGAAGACACACUAUUGGCCAACAACAACAUUAUGGAGGUUCUGAUGCAAAUAUUCAAAGACAUAUGUUUUCACCCAGACCUCCCAGCAUCAGUGAGAAUGUGUUUAUGGAGGUAACCAGCACAGAUGGACAGUCUCACAAUAAAGAACACAAUAUGAUGGCCCCUAAUGAAAUGCAGCACUAUAUAAACUAUCAAGGAUCUCAAAUGGGUACUCCUAGUAGCCAGAUGAACCCAAGCCUUCAACUUCAUGGGUUAGAUGUUCAAACCCAAAAUGCUUACCCGAAUUCUCAGAGAGCAAUGGGUGGAAUGCACAUAAAUUCACACAACCAUUCUGGCCAGGACAAUAUUUUAGGUCAUUCUGAAUUCAACCAGUGCCAAAUCACAGCUCAGAGUGAGCCUUACCAGAAUCAAAGACAAUUGACCAAUAACACCAAUUUACCUAUUCAAUGGCAUGAAGUGAGCUCUGCAUCAAUAGAGGUGGCUGCAGGUCAAAGCCCCAACCAUCAGGUAAUGCAGUCAAAUCUAUCACCAGGAAAUCAGUGCCAUAGCCAGUACUCCAAUCCAACAUCAGAGUCAGCCAAGCAAGUUUCACUUGGGAACAACAAUUCUUGUCAACAGAGCAUGCAUGUAAAUAAUCCAAGGUACAAUCACUUAGGUCAGGUGCAUAUCAAACCAGAACAGCAGUUUCAUCAAUCCAUGUCAUCUAUGAUGUCCUGCCAGAACAUGAAACAUCAUGCAGCUCAGCAACAUGUUUUCAAUCAGCCAAACACAGUGCCCAUUUCCCCAGGAAACACAAUCUGUGAUUUCCCAGGUCAGCAAGACAACCAGCAAAACACAUGCUUCAAUGUUGGCCUAAACCCCAAUAUGUUAAGCCCUCAGGGGCGAAGGUCACAAACCCCUAUGAUGCAAGUGAAAGAGAUGAUGGUAAGAAAUUAUGUUCAAUCUCAACAAGCACUAAUGUUGGAGCAACAGCCCAAGCAUAUUCCAAUGAUGAAUAACUCUGGGGAGGAUGUUGAUACUGUCCAGAAUCAGCACAGAAAUACACCUAAUGCCCAGGCAUACAUGAGCCCUAAAUAUAUGAAUUAUCAGGGCAAACAGACACAGAGCAAUUUACUGAGUCCAAAUUCACAGGAUAUCCAGUCAAUCCAAUCUAAAACAAUAAGGAGUCCUGGAAAUCAGUGUUACAGUCUAGAUAUAGUUCCUCAUCCACCCAGUGGCCCAAAACCAUUAAGCCGGCAGCACAGUAUAGCAAGCCAGUCAACAUAUAUGGGCAGUCCACCUCAACUUAGUCCAUCUUACCAUUCAACUGAAUCCAGUCCUAGAAGAAUGGUUACCCUGCCCCCUAUCCAUUCUCAACCAGACAAUAAUGACACCACUAGUAUGAUGUAUUACUCAGGGCAAGGUGAGAUGCAUCAUAUAAAAACAGGAACCCAAAGGUUUGUGCCACCACUAAACCAUCAAAACAGCUGUGAUGGACUUCAGCAUGGACAGUACAAUUCUAACCUGAAUUUCAUGAAGACAGACUCCAUUCCAUACAGCAGUCCGUGUCCAGCUUCCAAUCCUUUGGACAGUCUGGACUUGGAGAACACCCAACUUGAUUUUACUGCAAUCAUCGAUGAAUCAGACCACACAACUUUAAUGUCAGAUAAUAUAACUCCAGCUGGCAUGCCAGGACCAUCUCAACCUCCUUCACACUUGAGCACAUCACGGAAUCCAUCAUCCAUGGUCCCAAACAUUGCUGUGGCAGACUUGAACUCCAUGCUGUCUUCUUUAGCUGGCGAGAAUAAGUUCCUCAACAAUAUUUCUUGAGCAGCUUAGAACUUCAUUCAUAGGGACAUAACCGACAACUGCCCAGAUCGUAAUGAUCAUUUAUGGUGCAGAGCUUGCUCAUUAUUGCUCUUUGUGUUCAGAGUAUGCUGGAUAAUUUUUAUAUAGUGUGCUUACAGAGUAUGCAAGAUUUUAGUUUUGAUGGUACUAAAAAGUGCUCUCUUGCCAUUAAAUCUCUAUCAUUAUGCCUUAUCUUUCUGUCAUGGACUUACUAAUUAUGACAAAAAUUUGCACAUUUGCCCUAUAUCCUUAUAUUUGUAAGAUGACUGUACGAUAUUGGAUAGUGUUUGACUAUUUGUUGACUAAACAUGGAUCACAAUACAUUUCUGUCUAGGAUAGCCGAUGAGAUUCACUAAAUUAGUAAAUUUUACCUAUUUUAUUUAGAGGACAGCAUAGAUGUAUUUUUAUAGAUACUACCAUUCUGUUACACAAUGGCAUGGUAACAUGUUGUAGCUUAGUGAUAGUAUAUCACAGGCUGCCGCUUGUUACAUGUAGGCAUCUCUGUUAUACAUAAGGGGUUUAUUUAUUAAGGCAAAGGCAAGCAUGCAAAAUACAGUAAUUAAUCAGCAACUAUAUUUCAUUUUUUUAAUGGGCUUACAUAUUGGGAGGUGAAAGUUUACUGGUUGCUGUGUAUUAUUGUACUGUGUAUAUUUUGAUUGCUAUUUACACUGCCUUAUUUAAUAAGCUUAUGUGUAUAUGUUGGUAGAUGCUGGGGGAUAAUUUCUCAGGAAUAUUGAUAAAACCUACAAAGUGGCAUUUUCUACUGCUAAUAGGUCAGACAAAAGGUAACCUUGUUAAGCAAACUUAUCAACAUUCCUAGAGUCAGAAUAAAACAGAUCAUUUAAAUUGUCUCAUAUUGAAAUUAAUAUUUUGGGGCUGCUCUUAGCUUCAGUCUUUUUUGGGGGCUUUUCACCUUUUUUUAAUCUUUUUCUGUUGAAAGAUUUAACCGCUUGUUGGCAGUCACCUCAUUAGGCUAGAAUUACAUAGGGGAUUUAUAAUAGCUCAAUUGUGCUGCUAAAAUGUGUUCCAUCUCAUUAGCAAUCAAUUGCUAAAUCUAGUGAUUUAAUUUAUUUUGUUUUGGAAGUGUGACUGAGCUACUAAUUCUCACAUGUGUAGCUUUCGCCUAAUAAGGUAACUGCAAGGGCCCAUUUACACCACUGUGCUUUGGUAAAGUGUGUGAAAACAUGUUCCAAGUGUUGGUAUGUUGUGUCAUUCACUACUAUGCAUUGCAGUGUGCUGCUCUACAGAAAAUACUGGCGGAACCAUCUUUGGUAAGUUGUGGCGCUUUAAGCAGCCCAUUCAAAUAAAUGUAUUACGCGUUUUAAUUGCACAGCAAUGGUCCGCCAUGAGUACCGUAGCACUUAGGCCAAACCUAAAGUUUUAAAAACUUUCAGAGUUAACACAGAAGAGCAAUGCAGAAUAGCAAAGUCGGAGAAAGGCCAUCAUUCCCUAUUUGUGCUUAUUCUUCAGCUUGUUGAAGUAAGAGUGCCAGCAUUCCAGCCAAGCAUUUCAGAAGUAUAGGUCAUAAUUGGCAACCUUCUUAUUGCUUCCAUGUUGCUCCUAAAACUGUUUUUUUAUUAAACCUAGUCGGUGAACCAGUAUGAGAAUGAAGCUUUGCAAUAAGAUCAUCAUUAAAACUUUAGCAGUUUUUCUUUAACAAUAAAGUAAAGCAAUCGUGAUAUGAUAUCUCACCCCUACCCAAUCUGCUAAUGCAAUAUAUAGGAGUUGAAUACAUGAUCUGUUUAAUUAUCAGUUCCAUUAAUCCAUAAGCAAUAAUUCAGACACAUUAAAAGCUUGUCAUCCAUUGGGAUUUUUCUAUUUACUGCAUUAUAGCAGUUAUUUCAGGCAACCACUGCACACUGGUUCUAGUCUUAAAACAUUCUCCUUAUCAUUAGCCCAUUCAUGAUCCAGAAUGUUGUUUCUUUCAUAUUAUAAAAAACCUACGUAUGAUAACUUCGCUACUCUGGCGCAAGAAUGCGUUCUUGUAGAAGAGUGAUAGCGUCUGAGGCUUCUCACAAACAUGUUCCUUUAUGUUUU